UUUCUAGGCCACGGCGGGUCGCGCUCACGCCCAAGCUGUCUCGAAAGCGGACCGCGCGUGCUGCCCUAAACCACGGCAAGACCCACCGGCCGUCGAAGCGCCGCCGCACACUCUGCGUCCCCAUCGCCGCGCCGCCCGGCGGCACAGGUUCCAAGCCGCCGACUCUCCGCCCCCGCGCGCGCGCCUAGUGGAGAGCAAUGGACCAGACGAGCUCCGCCGCCGCGGCAACUCCUCAUCAUCCAAGAGCGAAGGCCACCCUGGUUCUCGGAGCAGAGUCCUUCGCGGUCAGCUCCGAGUCCGGUACACUGUCGGAGCAGCUGGCGGCGACGAGGGAGAGGAGCAUGGUCAUCCUCAAGGACUACAUCACCAGGAACAACGCCCCGAACGACGUCCCGGAUGAGUCCAUCGAGGGCUUGUCUGACGACGAGGGCGAGGCUCUCGCUAAGAAUCCGCCGAAGAAAUCUAAGAAGCAGAAGUGAUGUGUCUUGUCCCUUGCUGAAUGUUCCUUGUGACACACAUUGUUAGGCACUUGUCUGCUUUGUGUAAAGAACUGCUAUCUGAUGAUAUGCGAAGGGGAGGUCUGCCCCUUGCUGUAUGACUCAAAUUUUAGAUGUUUUGCUUUGUUUAUAUGGGAUUCAGCACGAGAGCUCUUUGUUGUCAAAUGUCAAUGUGCACGAAGGCACCAACCACUUGAAAUCCAACAAGAAACAGGUCUUUUGAUCGC